AAGGCGCUCCUCCCAUACGACUCCGGACUGCCCUUGCGAGCGGUAUCUUGUUAAUGACCUUGGUCUAAGCCCUUCUUGUCUUUCCCACCCUUACACUCGUUUAUUGGGCCGCGAAGACUUAGCAUCCGCUUCCACCACGACAACUACUACCGCCAAAUACCAAUACCUAGUAGUUUUCUCAGCUCUGCAAUCGUUCUGGAUCAGCAAUUCGCCUCUACGUCAAUUACCUAGCCCUCCCAUACCUUAUCGACGGGCCGUGCUUCUCCAACUCUCCGCGUCUGCGUCACCCAUUUGGUCGCCUUACAUAUAGGGUCGACAGCUGUCCGAAACCCAGACAGUAUCGCUCGCUAUCCGCUUAACGACAACUACGAAUAUACAUACUUAAUACUCCGCCAUGGUUUGGCAAGACAUGAUGGGCCUCGCCGCCCGUGCGGUCUUUGCCCGCGAGAUCGACCACUCUACCCCAGACAUUGACGACCCUUGGCCAGCUAAGGAUAUUGCCUACGUUGCCAUCAUCGGUGGUCUCAUGUUGGCUGCCCUGCUCGAGUGGUUCCUCUGGGUUGCCGCUUUCCUGUACUGCAUUGUCAAGGUCUUCCAAAAGGCCGAGACGAUCAGUGUCCGCAUUCUGUCCAUCUUCUUCGGUAUCCUCUUCUUCGCUCUCCGUGCCAUCUUCUUGCCUAUCAUGGUCGUUACCCUCCCCCUCCCGUCGCAAGUCACCAAGUACUUCCCCCAGGAGAUGGUUGGCUUCCUCCAGUGGUUCGCCUUCUGGUCGUUCGCCGGUCUCUUGACCGUCCCGUGGCUGUUCUGUGUCUACCAGCUCGUCACCCACUCCGUUGGUCGCAGCCGCAGGAUUAAAUCCGUUCUCGACGAGGCAUCUGCUCCCAAGGUCGUCAUCAUCAUGCCUUGCUACAAGGAGAUUCCCGAGAUUCUUCUCCGAACUUGCGACUCGCUAGUCGACUGCGAAUACCCACCCUCCUGCCUGCACAUCUUCCUCUCCUUCGACGGAGACCAGGAGGACGAACUCUACCUGAACACUAUCGAGAAGCUCGGUGUCCCUCUUACGCUCGACACCUACCCCAAGUCCAUCGAUGUCAUCUACCGUAGCUGCCGCAUUACCAUCUCCCGCUUCCCUCACGGUGGUAAGCGUCACUGCCAGAAGAGGACAUUCAAGCUCAUCGACAAGAUCUACUCCGAGUAUCUCAAGCGCAACGACAAUCUGUUCGUCCUCUUCAUCGACUCCGACUGCAUUCUCGACAAGACCUGCAUUCAGAACUUCAUGUACGAGAUGGAACUCAAGCCCGGCAGCAAGAAGAACAUGUUGGCUCAGACUGGUGUCAUUACCUCCACAACCGAGAAGAACUCGCUCAUCACCCUUCUUCAAGACAUGGAAUACGUUCACGGUCAACUCUUCGAGCGUUCAGUCGAAUCUGGCUGCGGUGCCGUCACUUGCUUGCCCGGUGCCCUUACUAUGCUUCGAUUCUCCGCUUUCCGCAGGAUGGCCAAGUACUACUUCGCUGACAAGGCCGAGCAAUGCGACGAUCUCUUCGACUACGGCAAGUGCCAUCUUGGUGAGGACCGUUGGCUCACUCACUUAUUCAUGAUUGGCGCCAAGGAACGUUACCAGAUCCAGAUGAACACCGGAGCAUUCUGCAAGACCGAAGCUGUGCAAACCUACCAAUCUCUGCUCAAGCAACGUCGCCGCUGGUUCUUGGGUUUUAUCACCAACGAAGUUUGUAUGUUGACUGAUAUCCGUCUCUGGAAGCGCUACCCGAUCCUCCUCAUUGUCCGCUUCAUGCAGAACACCAUCCGAACCACCGCCCUGCUCUUCUUCAUCUUGUGUAUUUCUUUGAUCACUACCUCGCAAAAGGUUGCCAACCUUCCCGUUGGUUUCAUCGCCAUCUCUCUGGGGCUUAACUGGCUUCUCAUGUUGUACUUUGGUGCCAAGCUCGGUCGCUACAAGAUCAUGCUGUACCCCCUCAUGUUCAUCGUCAACCCCUUCUUCAACUGGGUGUACAUGGUUUACGGUAUCUUUACCGCCGGUCAGCGUACAUGGGGUGGGCCUCGUGCCGAUGCUGGUAGUGCCGACACCAAAACUACUCCCCAGGAGGCUAUUGAGGCCGCAGAAGCGACUGGUGACGAUCUGAACGUUGUUCCUGAGACUUUCAAGGCUGCUGCCGAGGCGCAGAAGCACCGCCCAGCCGCUAUCCCUCUCCAGCCUGGCGACAACAUCGAUGGACGCUUUGCCGCCGCAGAACGCCUGCCCAACGGAUGGUACCAACAGGGCAACGACUCUGGUCUUACGCUUCCCAACACAAUGCCCCGCAACCCCAACGUCCCUCAUGUACCUCUCCACCCCCGUUCUUCGAUGGACUCCUUCGCGUCGCAAGAGACCUCCGCCGCCAACUCCAUCUACAUGCCCCGUCGUGUCGAGAGUUUCAUGGACCCCGAGGAUGCGCGUAUCUACCACAAGACUCAGCAAACACAAAAGCCUGCCGGAGGAGCCUUCUACGAAGAGCCGCGAGGAGGACCCUACGAGGUCGGCCAGGGUUCUAGCAAGAAGAUGUACACCGAAUCUGUUGACUCCAUCGACGACGACUCAGUAUACCAGUCCAAGGGCCCGCAACGACCUGGUCAGAUGCGUACCAACAGCGACCUUGCCCAUGCCCCAGCCCGCACAUCGCCGCUAUCCAACGAGCAGAAGGGCCAUGGUCUCGAGUCGCCCAAGCCUUCCUACAGCAGGACCAACAGCUCAGACCAGCGCCAGGGACGUAGCCCUCUUGCUCAGCAAUACGUUCACACCGCACCUGGUGAGGACUAUGAGCUACAGGCCCCACAGCAAAGCAGCCUGAUGCGUGAUGUGUCACCUGCGCCGCUAGGCCAACCUCAGAUGCCUGCAUCAAACCACGGACGAAGCGACUCAACCGACUCGAAGAAGCGGAAGCGCCUCAGCAAGCAGCCCCGCAAGUAAACGCUUUCUUCUGCAUGAUCUAGCAUCUUGAUCUUUGUUCCAUCUUCUGCCUAGAAGGCUGCAUCAACGACAUACCAGCAUUAACCUUUUCUUUUAUCAUCAAACCUUGUGCGCAUUGGAUGUCCCGGCGUUUUCAGCGAGCACCGCAACACACCGCGAGUGAUUCUUCUUCUCGCAAAAACUAUUUCCUUAUUGUACAUAUAUUACAUCAUUACAUGACGGCGGGGUGUGUGGCUUUUGGACAAAAAACUACGGGAUCACGACUUGGUUCGCUCUUCGGAUGCCUUGGGGUAUAUAUGUUGUAGGAGCUAUGUGAUGGAUCAUACGCACAUCACCUUUUCUUGCUUAAUGUCUAGAAGUAACGUCUUUGACGAGACGUUGAAUGAAAUGGUCUUACUGCCACAC